CUUAGUUUUAGUUCUGCCAAACGUGAAAGUUGUAAAAUAUUCUCUCUAGGGGGGAAUUUUAUUAAUUGUAGGCUUACAAGCGGGAGCUCUGCUUUAUGAUUAAUGAAGCUGCAAAUGAAUUCUCAAAAAUCGGGCUGCCAUAUAAAUUACGUAUUCUCGGCCAGAAGAGCUGCAAAUGCUUGAAGAUGCCGCCGCGGCUAACUCUGCUGCUUUGCGUUGUCAGCUUUGACCUGAUGGCAACAGUUACAGGCAGACAGUUGAAGCAGAUUCAAGAGCUGCAGCAGCAGCAACAGGAGCAGCAGGAAGCUGGACGCUCUGUAAGAAGCGGACUCGCUGCACUCUCCGGUUAUGCGCUGGGCCUGAGCCAGGCAUUGAUGGGCGUGUUUGUCUACGAUGUGAUAACAGCGAAUGUGAGCGAAAGUGAAACGGACAACGCCGGAGAGCAACAACAACGACAACAACAACAACAACAACAGGUGUGCAUCGGCGGACGCAGCUACGGGAAUGAGGUCUACAAUGAGGCGGGUCGCCAACUAGAUUUAGUCACAGAUACAGAUACAGAUACAUUUGCAUAUACAGAUACAGAUACAGUUACAGCUACAUCUGCUGACACAGAUACAGACAGCCCAACGGCUGCUGAUGACACAACCAGCGCUGCGCAUUUAAAUAUAUUAAAUUGUUUUGUUUUCUAG